AUGUUGCAGCCGGAGAAGAGUAGCGGAUGCGGUGCUAGAGCAGCAUACGAGGAAGGAGAAGCACGAGCUUUUGGUGACCAUCUUGCGCUUAUGUUGUUACUACGAUCCUCGUGGUCAAAUCUCGCAUUAGUGUUUAUUCUGGACAGUUCUUGCAAAGGCAAGUACUCUCCAGCGUCAUUAUUGGCCCAGUUUGCAGCUACAGCAUUUGCGGAGUAG